AUGUCAACUCCAGUCUCAGCUCUGGCUCAAGCGUCAACAUUGGCUCAAGUGUCCCUUCCAGCCAACGACUUCGUCGCGGACAUGCCUCUUCGACCCCCUUCUUCGAUCUCGACGCCAGAAUCAUCGUUCACAGGCUUGCCUUCGACCCCUUGUCCUUCUAGUGCGUCGCGUAACAGCAAAAGGCCGUUCACAGAAGCAGCUCUUGAGGAAUGCUUGACUUGCCCGAUCUGUCUGGAGCGAUACUCGAUGGAAGGGAAUCGUCAGCCGAAGAUCCUUUCGAAUUGUCCCCAUACCGUCUGUCUGUCAUGCAUUCAAGAAUGCAAGAAGCCCGAGUGUCCCCUGUGCCGGAAACCCUGUCGGACAAGGGAUUACACCAGACUGUCAAACAAUCCAACUGUGAUGAAACUUCUGAAUUCUAAGGCCAGUGAAGCUGGUGCUCUUGAAGGAGGUGAUGGCAACGAUGUGUCCAACCACGAGCAAGAGGAACCGGAUGAAGAGUCGAUGUUCUUCAAACCCAACUCCUCUUUGGCAGAGCUCUAUCAAGCUUUCCAGAAGUUUCGAGAAGAGAGCCAGGAGAUUGAUAUUCGUUGGAAGAACAAUGACAUCAGUGAAGAAGAAGCAACAAUCCAACUGCAGGGAGCCCAAGAAAGGCUGCAACUGGUUAAGAAAAGUUUCGCAAAAGCCCGACGAAAAUCAAUCCUUUCCACAAAGAAGGCAUGCAAGUCUGUCAAGUCCGAAGACUCUGGAAGUCUUAAGACGUCUGAUGUGCAUUUGACUUCCAGCACACUCCAUUCAAACCAGCAGAACAUGUCUCCGUGUUACUCUGAGAUUGAACCUGACGGUAUGAAUGAAGUUUCAAGCUUGAAUAGCGCAGCUUUUCCUUCCAAAUAUGCUCCCAAAAUUUCAGACAUGAAUGCGUACAUCUACAAGCUGAAGGAUGAUAUGAUUUGUCUGGCUGAAAGUAUCCCAUACUCAGCUGUUCACACUAAGAAACCUGGGACCUGGAACUCACUGAAUAAUUGCGUCACUGCCGCAUUGGAUAUUCAGACUCUGAGGACAAACUUAAGAUGGAUACUGAAACAGAUCAGAACUGAGUUUCUGAUGAAAGAUUGGAUCCAAGGCAGGCAAGAGUCGUGGGUUUCGCAAUGCGAGACGUGUAGAUCUCUGAAGCAACUUGAGUCACUCAUUGACGAGCUUAAAUCUCUUGCGAUCGAUUGGGACAAAGCCAACGGGACAGUCAAGCCGUCAACUUCAUCAACGUGGAAAGAGCAGGACGAUAGCUCAACGCAAUCGAAGCCCCCGGAGCCUGAGGUCAAGAAGAAAGAAGAUCCUGUCAAGACUGAGUUCGAGCCGCCAAAGAAUCCGAGAGGUGUACCUAUCAACAAUCAUAAAAUUCGCAUGCAAGGGCUACCUGCUGGAUGGCAAGGAAGCCUGGCACGAGGAAAAGAUAGGUACUUGUACACCUUCACCAGCCCCGACGGUCUCACAAUGACGGCGCCCUCAGACAUUCUAAAGUGGUGUGAGCAGUUCCAAGGGAUGGAGGCUGACAAACAAAGGAACGCGUUCGUCAAGAGCAUACGGGAGGCAAAGAAAGCUUUCAGGAGAAAGUAUAGCACCUUGAAACUUUGCCGGGCAAGAAGGGCCCGAGCCAAUACAGGCGACCGACCUCUGCCUGCCCAGCCGCAGGAUCCUGCACAGGAUGGUGAAUCAGUAAGGAGCGAAACGCAGGAAGAGGAGGACGAGUCCUGUCGAGCGAAGGGAUCUGAGGAGGGGAGCGACAAGAAGAAAGCCAAGUUGAAACGGCAGCUGCUCAACCGGCGGCUGAGGAGGAAGUGGUUGAGGGAGGGGAUGAUAAACAGGGACAACGAGGAGCUGCCGGAAGGAUGUCAGUGGUAUGUUGCCAACGAGAACGAGACUAUAACUGGCAUCUCUCGACGGUACAAGCUCGACCCCGAAGUCCUCGUGUCCCUCAACCGCCACAGGCUGAUGGAGUUGAAGAAGAAGUCGCGCUUCUACGUUGGGACCAAGCUCCUCCUCCCCGACUGGGUGGUGGUGGACAGGAGGGUGAAGGGAAAGUCUGUGGGCAAGGCUGGUCGAGAGGAGAGCGAGAGAAGGCAAGCUGGGAGCGAGUUGGGGUGA